AUGGCGCGGGGAUGGCAGCUCUGCGUCGUGGUUGCUGGUGUGGUGGUGGCGCUCUGCUUUGGAGUUGUAAUUAGCAUCGGUGCGGACACCUUGGGGGCGCCGGGACGCUGGGGCCUGGCACCCUGCCCGCUGAGGCAGCUCGACUCGCAGGCCCAGGGAAAGCCUUCAGCGGAGCCUUCGACGGCGCCGGUCCCUGAGACGUACAGAUUCCCGUUUGAGCAUGGCGUGAUGCUGGGCCGCGCAGAGAUCAAGAAGCGCAUGAACUGGCAGUGCGCGUCGCGGUUCUUCGGGGGCUACUUUACUGACAAGGAGCGUGGCAAGCUUCCUGUUGGGGAUGGUGGGCGGUGGGUCUGCAAUCCUGGCGCCAUCAAGGCAGCAGCAGAGGCUGGCAACUGCUUGGUCUAUUCCAUUGGGAGUGACGGCGAGUUUUCCUUUGAGAGGGCCAUUCAUGAGAAGCUGUCCCCCCACUGUGAGAUCCACACCUUUGACGCGAACCCCAUCGAGCACUACCUAGAUCCCAACUACAACCCCGGCUACCCGCAUGCCCGGAAUCCGGACUACGUCAACUUCCACGUCGCCCGCAUCUCUCCGCAGAGGAACAUUGGGCACCUGAUCAAGGAGCUCGGGCACGAGGGCCGCACCAUCCACAUUCUCAAGAUUGACUGUGAGGGCUGCGAGUGGCAGACGUAUCAGCACUGGCUGGAUGCCAACGCCGACAUACAGCAGAUCUUGGCCGAAGUGCACGGCUACCGCGAGGAGUUUACCACGUGGUUCAUCAACCAUGGUUAUGCCUUGUUUCACGACAACUCUGGAGGCUCCACGCCCGAGCUCGGCUACGUGAAGGUCUAG